AUGUCUCCUCCCUUCAACUCAGACGCCCCCAGCUCCAGCAGCAGCUCCAGCAACCCACCUCCCCAGAAUCAUGAGUCGUAUGCUGCCUCUGGCGAGGUGAAGAGCUCGAUGGAGCCAAAUCCCCCGGCUUCAUCAUCACAUAAUGACAACAUGGCCCAGCCCAACUCUGCUGCAUCCGCCCCCAAUCCAUCCGAGGACUUGAUCUCCCUCGGCGAGCGUCCACAGCUUGCCCAAACUGCUCCCUCAGUGCCAGCGGGUGCGGAUGCGCAAAAAGAUGGGCAAUCCGAGGAUAAGAAGCCAGAGGACUUGCGACCAGAGGUGCCACCAAAGACGGAUGAUGGCAUCGAGGGGUUGAAUUCCUCGGUCGCAACUCUGAAGCCAGCGACAACCCCGACAACCACAAUCGCCACUUCAUACCUAAACGUCGAGACAAAGCCAUACGUCGACCCCACGCCAUCUACCCCAACCGAAUCCCAGCCUCCUUCGAGGACGCCUUCCAAUGCUGCCGACCGGCCUCGUUUGUCUCUCGACUCCUCACGAGGAGGGCGAUCCGACGACGAGAAACGGCGGACAAGCGAAGAUGACCGAGAGAACGAUGCAUCCGAGAUCCAGACUAUCAUGGCCCAGUUUCGAGAGGGCGGUCCAGGCGAACAGGAGGUUAUGAGUCCACGGCUGGAGAUUGCAUCCCCCUUCUCGACCGGGCCUGUUCAACACCCUCCUCGGCACUCUAGUCUGGAGCCGCUGAGCCCGAACAUUGCCCAACAGUUGCAGGACAUGCAAGGACUGCGACUCAACUCCACCUCACCAGCCAGCAUGGCGUCGAAGGGGAAGGAUCCGGAUGAUCAAGGCCCGCCUGUCCCCCCGAAGGACCCGUCCAUUCAUUCUGGCAGGACCGGUCAGCUCAAGGACGAACGGGAGAGCAUCGGUGCGCCCAUGUCUCCAACAGUGUCUUUGCACCGACCGCCCCCACCGGAGCCCGAACCCGAGUCGGCCCUUCCUUUUGACUUCCACAGGUUCCUUGAACAGCUCCGGAACAAGAAGGCGGACCCGGUUGCCAAAUACCUGCGAUCAUUCCUGAAUGAAUUCGGGAAGCGGCAGUGGAUGGUACAUGAACAGGUCAAAAUCAUCAGCGACUUCCUGGCAUUCAUUGCAAACAAGAUGGCUUUGUGUGAAGUCUGGAGGGACGUGUCCGAUGCUGAAUUUGACAACGCCCGGGAAGGCAUGGAAAAGCUUGUCAUGAAUCGACUGUACGCUCAGACUUUCUCGCCAGCCAUACCUCCACCUCAGCCGAUACCAGGGGCCAAACCACGGCGGAAGGGGGCGGAGCGACCGCUGGGGCCUGGGCGUCGGGGCCAGCAUCAAGAGGAUGUCGAGCGCGACGAAGUUGUUGCCCAGAAGAUCAAGAUCUACGGUUGGGUGCGUGAAGAACAUCUAGAUAUACCACCAGUCGGCGAAAGUGGGAAACGGUUCCUCAAGCUCGCACAGCAAGAACUACUAAAGAUAAAAUCCUACCGAGCUCCGAGGGAUAAAAUCAUAUGCAUUCUUAAUUGCUGCAAGGUCAUCUUUGGCCUCCUCAAGCACUCCAAAUCCGACUCGUCCGCGGACUCAUUCAUGCCGCUCCUCAUAUAUGUCACGCUUCAAGCAAACCCAGAACACGUCGUGUCAAACGUCCAAUAUAUCCUCAGAUUCCGAAACCAAGAGAAGUUGGGAGGGGAAGCUGGCUAUUACCUCUCAUCGCUGAUGGGUGCUGUCCAGUUCAUUGAGAACAUGGAUCGCACGACGCUUACGAUUUCAGAUGAAGAAUUUGAGAAGAAUGUCGAGGCUGCGGUCUCUGCCAUCGCCGAGAAGCAUCGGCUAGAAUCACCACCUACUUCGGCCACCGCAGAGAAACCUCCGCAGUCCCUUGCCGGCAUGGGCGAGUCCUCCUCGACCAGACCAUCGAUGGACAACGACGCCGUGACCCGCUCCUCGUAUACACCGCGCCAAUCAACUUCCAAUGACGACAGCGGGGAGUACGAUGAGAAAGCCGCUAUUACCGGUCUCCUUCGAACAAUCCAGAGGCCUCUGUCCACAAUUGGCAGGAUGUUUUCCGACAAUGAUGAGCCGAUGGCUGGUUCCUCAAGCGCGUCGGGACGCAGUCCCGCACACACCCCUCUGCCAGAUUCGAGGCCAAACACAGGCCCCAGAGUUCCGAGUCAUCAGAGCCGCUACACCGCGGAGGAGGCUGCGGCGAGGCAGGCCAGCGCCGAGGCAGCGGAGGCCCACAGAUUGCACAGGGCAGAGCACGCCAAUGUCGUAGAAACGCUGGCUGGCAUGUUUCCUGACCUGGAUAGGGACAUCAUCAGUGAUGUGGUCUACCAGAAGGAAGGACGUGUCGGCCUGGCGGUGGAUGCUUGUCUUGCAUUGUCUGCAUGA